GUUAUUAUAGACAGUGGAAAGUAGUUCUGUCCCUCGGUCGCACUCACCUGCAUCUUCAAAGUCCUCAAGGGCCGAAAAUGGCUAUGUGCUUGACCACACCGUCACCCCCUAUCCAUCGCCCACUGGCCCCUGCGGGCUGGCGCCGACCAAGUAUUCAGACGGGACGGUCAAUCUCGGCCUCUACUACGAGGACAGCUGCUGCCACGACGUCGAGACGGCCCAUAUUGGCCAGUUCAACGUGUGCCACCACUCCAAUGGCCCAUUUUUGUCUCUCAAGCAGGCGGUGCGCAAGAACCUGUUUGAUCGCGGGGGUCCACAUCAUGGCCUACACGGGGCUGGACUGCACAGGGGGCAGCGCAUCCGGGCUGAGCCUGAGCAACAGCAAAGGCUCCCAGGGGGUCGCAAGCGGGGACGCCGGGUCUCAGAGCUUCAUGCUGGAAGAGUCGCUCUCGUGCUCGGUCAAGGCGGAGAAUGAGAGCAAAACCACCGUGACGCUGGAUCUGUACUCGCAGUUUGGCUGCUGCGACUCGAUCGAGACCAUCAAGGUCGGCAACAUUGGCACGUGCCAUGAUGUGAACAAACUGUUCCACUCGCUGUCACGGGCCGUGGGGAAAGACAUGUUUGGCUGGCUGUACCACAUCCACCCAUAUACGGGCGCUGGAUGCACGGGCGAAGCCGGGGAUAAGAUCUCGCUGUCCAACAGCAAGCAUUGCACCCAGCACGGAACCGCAUGGAACAGCUUCCGGAUCAGCCAGGACUGCAGACACAUCACGCCGGACACCGCCAGCGACACGGCUGUUACUCUCGCGCUGUACCGCGACGGCAACUGCUGCGUGCUUACCAUUGAAAAGUACAGCCUCGGAAACCUCGACUCGUGCCACACGCCCGAUGCACGCUUCGUCAGCAUCACCCAAGCCGUCGGGAAAAACAUGUUUGGUCGCCGGAUCUACAUCCAGGCAUACACGGGCGCAGGCUGCACAGGCGAAAUGCGCCAAAUCUCGUUGACAAACGCACACGACUGCGAUCUCGAAGCCGAACGGAAACGUACGCGACCGACCAACAGCAACCCCAGCACGAUGGAGCUGGCCAUGUACUCGGACGGCGGGUGCUGCGCGCUCGAGGGGACCACAACAGCCGGGACACUGGAUAAAUGCCACAAUGCGCCGCAGGGCCAGUUCACGACGUUUAACCUGAACGCGGGCUCGAACCUGAUCAAUGAGGGCACGUGGCUAUACAUGGAUGCGCAGGCCGACUGCGCGGGCGGUGCUUACAAGUUGAUUAUCCCGCCCAAGGCAGACCCGCCGUCGGAGCCCAUUGGGGAGCCGCAGGCGCCGUGUAGGCCUUCUCAUACGGGCUGUGUGACUGCGCAUUGCUACGAACAGACGAACAAUGUCCUUUUUGAGGACUACAUGACGAUCCAUGUUUACAAAGACGGCAAAUUUAUCCUGUUGCUCCAGAAAUCUAUAAGCAACGCUGGACAAGGCACGCACUGGACCUGGUCAAACGUCCAAGACCCGGACGGGGUGGUCUGGGAUUUCCAGGUCGGCGGCAACUGCGGCCAAAUCCAAUACCAGAACAGUGCACAAGCGUCCAAGGACUGGGUGAGCCUCGACCAGUCGCGGCAGCAGAGCACAUUCGACUGCGACUUUGGAACACACACCGGGCAUUGUCUUGAGUUUGAGAGUAGUAGUUGGGACGACGAUACGUGUGCUUCGGGGUCGAAUCCCCCGUUCUGUGAUUAUAGGGCGCGGUGUGAUCCGGUUUAUCCGGGGGAUCCGGCCAAGUGUUGUUAG